AUGAGCUAUCCCGAUAAAACUGAAUUAGAUCGAGGUAUCCUGAACCAGGGAAAAUCAUUUCUUUCAAUAAGUUGGAAAAUAUUUUCCAAUGUUCAUAUCGCAGAAAAUUGGUAUAAAAACCUCUUUCUAGCGUGGAAAGCUCUUAAAUCGAUCAAACGAGGAGAACUCGAACCUUAUUACGAUGGAAUACAAAGUUGUAAAGAUACGCAAAAUUUUGGAAAUGAAUUCGAAUGUGAUCUCAAUGUUAUUAAAUUUCAAAGUACUGACACUUCAAGGUACGAUUUAAAUGAAAAAUAUUAUUUCCAAUGUUUUAAACGCAUCGGUGCGUCAGAAUGGCAUUUGCUGAAGGAUUAUUCUAUGCGCAAGCUUAUACCUUGGCAAGAGCGUAUUUCCAAAGAAUACAACAUCAGUCUUGACCCAUAUUUAAUGCGAAUUUAG